AAAUUUCAUCAAUCAUCUCAUCAUAUUCCAUCUACAAAGUGAUUCAACUAAAUUGUUAGUCUCAAGCCAAAAUGAACAAACUUUUUAUUUUUCUCAGUUUAACUGCGGUUGCUUUAACUGCAACACAAUAUGCCGACGCUUGGCCAACGAUGCCAACAAUGGCGAUGAAAAUGAAUCUUCCUGGGUUUGCAAGCCAUUCAAAAUCUAACUCCGUACCUAACACUGUUCAACAACCAACAUCAUCAUCAGAAUCAACUUCGAAAGCUAAAACAGAAAGCUUCACCAAGUCAGAAUCGAAAACCAAUUCUGAGCAAACUACAGAGAAGAAUUACGCUGGAUCAAACACAAACAGUGACUCUGAAAGCAACGCCUCAAAUGAAAAUGCGGAUCAAAUUAUACCAAACGAUUCUGAUUACUCUGAUGAUGAUGACAGCGAUUCGUCUGACUCCGAUUCAUCAGCAUCAUCAUCUGGAUCAGGUUCAUCAUCAGGUGCUGCUUCAGGUUCAGGUUCAUCUGGCUCAUCAUCUACUACCACUACUACAUCAGGAUCAACUGCCACCGGUAAUACUGCAUCAACAUCAGGAACUGGUUCAUCAUCUGGCUCAAGUUCAUCUGGCUCAGGAUCAUCAUCUGCUGCUGCUGGCUCCGGUUCAUCAGGAUCAUCAGCUGCUUCAGGCAACAGCUCUGGUUCAUCAUCAGGAGCUGGUUCAUCAUCUGGAUCAGGUUCAUCAUCAGGAGCUGGUUCAUCAUCUGGAUCAGGUUCAUCAUCAGGUGCUGCUUCAGGUUCAGGUUCAUCUGGCUCAUCAUCUACUACCACUACUACAUCAGGAUCAACUGCCACCGGUAAUACUGCAUCAACAUCAGGAACUGGUUCAUCAUCUGGCUCAAGUUCAUCUGGCUCAGGAUCAUCAUCUGCUGCUGCUGGCUCCGGUUCAUCAGGAUCAUCAGCUGCUUCAGGCAACAGCUCUGGUUCAUCAUCAGGAGCUGGUUCAUCAUCUGGAUCAGGUUCAUCAUCAGGUGCUGCUUCAGGUUCAGGUUCAUCUGGCUCAUCAUCUACUACCACUACUACAUCAGGAUCAACUGCCACCGGUAAUACUGCAUCAACAUCAGGAACUGGUUCAUCAUCUGGCUCAAGUUCAUCUGGCUCAGGAUCAUCAUCUGCUGCUGCUGGCUCCGGUUCAUCAGGAUCAUCAGCUGCUUCAGGCAACAGCUCUGGUUCAUCAUCAGGAGCUGGUUCAUCAUCUGGAUCAGGUUCAUCAUCAGGUGCUGCUUCAGGUUCAGGUUCAUCUGGCUCAUCAUCUACUACCACUACUACAUCAGGAUCAACUGCCACCGGUAAUACUGCAUCAACAUCAGGAACUGGUUCAUCAUCUGGCUCAAGUUCAUCUGGCUCAGGAUCAUCAUCUGCUUCAGGCAACAGCUCUGGUUCAUCAUCAGGAGCUGGUUCAUCAUCUGGAUCAGGUUCAUCAUCAGGUGCUGCUUCAGGUUCAGGUUCAUCUGGCUCAUCAUCUACUACCACUACUACAUCAGGAUCAACUACCGGAUCUGCCACUAAUCAUCAUCCUGGUUCAUCAUCUGGCUCAUCAUCUCUCAGUCGCUGUCUCUAG